CCCUCCCUCCCUCCGGCGGCUGCCGCGGAGCCGUUACCUGCGGCGGGGGCCGCGCCGCCCGCCCCCGCCCCGAUGCGGAGGCGAAGCGCCCGAACGGAGUCCGGUGCAGCAAUGCUGAGUGCCGAUAACCCUGUGAAGCUGAAAAGUGAUUGUUCACCUCCUGUGCAAUGGUGUAAGGAGGCUGCACAGAAAGAUGAGAAGACCGAGCUGGUUUUUAAAAGGUACUCGCAAACUUCUUGCACUGUUUGUGAUUGGAGGGUGCUUCCUUUAUAUCCUCAAAUUACAUUUUGGCCCUGAAGAAUGUGACAGAACAAAAAUGCCAUAUGUGGACCUUGAUCGUGUAAAGAGGGCACAGCACUACGCCAGCGCCGCGUUGCGGGAGCAGUGCCGCCCGUCGUACGCCAAGAAAGCGAUGGGGAAGUUAUUUGCAGAGAAAUACAGCAUGGACAUAUCUCCCUUUGUAAAAAAAAAUAUAAACGAAGAUGAAGCUUUAUUUAAAUACGAACCUCCUUUUGGAUUUCACAAGUUCUUUGAUAAGCUGAAAAAUCUCCUUGAACUCUUACCUGAACAUGAUUUACCGGAAGAUUUGAAGUCAAAACACUGUAAGCGUUGUGUUGUUGUUGGCAGUGGUGGAAUUCUUCAUGGAUCAGAGCUGGGUCACUUACUAAAUCAGUUUGAUAUUGUUAUAAGGUUAAAUGAUGCGCCAGUUCAAGGAUACACAGAUCAUGUUGGCAACAAAACUACUAUAAGGAUGACUUACCCAGAAGGAGCCCCCCUUUCUGAACAGGAGUACCCUCCUGCAAGCUUGUUUGUGGCUGUUUUGUUUAAAAGUGUGGAUUUCAACUGGCUCCAAGCAAUGGUGAAAAAUGAAACAUUGCCCAUGUGGGUGCGACUCUUCUUUUGGAAGGAGGUUGCUGAGAAGAUUCCUUUUACAUCAAAGCAGUUUCGGAUUCUGAAUCCAGUCAUCAUCAAAGAGACAGCUUUGGACAUUUUACAGUUCCCUGAACCUCGAUCAAAAUUCUGGGGUUGGGAUAAGAAUGUACCAACAAUUGGGGUCACAGCAGUUGUUCUGGCCACACAUUUAUGUGAUGAAGUGAGCUUAGCAGGAUUUGGAUAUGACCUCAAUCAACCCAGCACACCUUUGCACUACUACAACAACCUCUGCAUGGCUGCCAUGAACGGACAAACUAUGCACAAUGUGACAAGUGAAACAAAAUUCCUGCAAAAACUGAUCAAAGAAAAAGUUGUCAAAGACCUCACCGGUGGGAUACAUUGUGAAUUCUGCAGCAAAGACAGCUAGUGAUUGAAAUGAGGCACGGUUUGGAUUUGUUACAUUUCCAGAGGUUCAGCUGGAACAAUCUUUUCACUGUCUUAAGUUAGUAAUUUAAAACGUGUAUGAAACGGACGUGGAAUCUCUGCUGCCUUUUUAAAUGUCAGGUUUUUUGGACUCAUAAAUUUAUUUUGAUGUCAGAUUUUACUUUGCACAUUUUUGUGGAUAAUUAUGUAACGGCAACUUAGAGUUGAAAGAGAUCCAUUUAAAAUAUUUAAUGUUUUAAAUUGUCUGAAGUAAAGUGGAGUUUGUUUUCAGGUGUCUGUGGUACACACAACACUAACCUGAGUUGUCUAACAGCAUUCAAGAGUUAUUUUCCACUGAACCAGUGUCUUUGUUGGUGCAAUUCUUGGUGUAGGACUCCUUUUCAUGCAUGCCAUGAAAAGAAACGUGUAUGCAUCUCAGGUCUUUCAUUUCUUGCAGCUUGAGUGUUGUGUUUCCCCCUCAAAUGUUAAUAUCCUUUUGGUGUUGUGCUUAUUUUUUUGGGGGUGGAGGAGAAACGUGGGAGUGGAGGCAAAGGAAAAGGAAUUGUUGUGGCAACAACUGAAUAGUAAGUACUCUGUUCCUGAUUGAUAUUAAAAUCAUUGAUGCAUUAAUGUAUUGGGUUAGCAUCCUGCUUUAUUAUGAGGCAUGUGUGGACCCAGAGUGCACUACAGGAGGAUUUAGUCAAUAGGAGACUUUCAGCUGAAUCUUCUGUCAUUUCCUUUCUGUGAGACCCAGAUGAAUGUUUCUGUUGAGCUGAUUUGCAGCAGAGUUCAGCUACUCCCAUUAAAGAAGAGGCAUUAAUACAAAAUAUGCCCUUUAAAUUUUUUUUUUGAGUGACUUUAGAAUUUCUGGUUCUAUAAAACACUGGUUUGCAUAGAUCUUCCAUUUAGCAAUAACAGAAUCUAUGCCUAGGUUAAAAUGUCCAUUGGUUUACUUAAUGAUCCUUAAGUAAUCAAUUACAGAUAUUGUAACCUCAGUAGUUUACAAUGAUGAUAACCCUUAUGAACUCUAGUUCUGGUGUUGACUGUUUAAUUGAAGGGAGAGGUAGAGUUGUUGGUUUUCAAGGAUCAGCUUUUAAGUCAGCAGUUGUGGGUGAGUGUGUGUAAGUUAGGAAGGAAAUCACUUUGAGAAAGUAGUAUGGUCUUGUAGCAAGGUAGGGAAGCACUGAAAGCAGCAUGCUUUAGAAGAAACCAAAAUGAUGCAGAUAAAUGUUCUUGUGACUGGAAAUCAGUGCAUUGCAAAAAAACUGGACUGUGCAAAUUUGCCAGCAGGUUUGGUGUUUAUUUUCAUUUCACUAGCAGACUAGUAAGUGUGACUCUUUGCACUGAGUAGUGUGUUACUCUGUCUACAGUAUGUGCAGAAUGCUUUUUCUGGGGAAUGAAUUGUUAGCAAAUUGAUCAAAGAUUGGCUUAGAAGCAUUAUUGGUGGUCAUGGACUCUCCACAUGGUGAACAUUCACACUUUCUUUUUGUUAGGGGGCUAAGACAUGAAAUUACUUGUAAUUUUACAUCUUAAAUAUACUUGGGAAAGCAAGAGUAGGAUGGCUGGGGGUUUGUUGUGGUGUGGAUUGUUUUCUUUUUGUUUGUUUGUUUCUUCCCCAUACAGAGAAGUUCUAAUGAAUUGUAAUGUUAGGACACAGGAGCAGCAGACUGGUUCUGGCCAUUAUAUGAUAAAGGCAGCAAUAAAAUGACAUAAAGCAUAACUCUGAAGAAAGGUGUGGCCCUCACCUUUUGGACGUCCCAUGUAGCUGCAUGUCCUUGAAAGCCAGUUGUGGGUGAUGAACAAUUUGAAAAUCAGAUUCUUGUCUGUGGCACUGCUUGUGUUUAUAGCAAUAAUAUUAACUUAACUUCUCCUCCUCCAUGAAACACAUUAAUUUUUGUACUAGCAAUAAAUUUCUAGGCUGUUUUUCAUGUAAGUAUAAUUAUGAUAUUGUUUAAUUUAAAAGUAUUUCAUGUGUGAAGAGUUUUAUACAUAGUCUUUUAGUUAAUAUAUUAAAAUAUGCUAAUUAUUUUCUCCUCGUAUUUAAACUGGAAGCAAAGUACCUGAAUUUAAUUGGGUAUUAGUGGAAUUUUGGAAGAUUUCAGAACAUGUAUGUUGGGAGGACAUCAUGAAUACACCAAGAGUACAUGUUUCAGAGCACUUGCUCCUUUACCAGUUUGCUUUUCUGAGUAACUUUGAAAUAGUCACUUUAUUAAUGUAAGUGCCAAUAGCUUUUUUGGAGAUGCUGUACUUACUGUCAGAUUCUCAAGUUAUGUUGCUGUAGGAUUAGGUUGUUUUCCCAGCAGUUUUAUGGCUUGUGAUAAAACCUUGUUCUCUGUGGUAGUGUGUACUGCAUUGAAUAUACCUGCACAGACUCAACCAUCCAUGAAAUGGCAGCAAAGUUCAGGUUGCAAAAAGCAAUAAACUGAUGAAACCACUUUCUACCUAUG